AAAAUUUCCAACAUGGCGCCUACACUUCCUGCCAUCGCGCCCUAAACUCUUCCCAUUUCAAUUUUAUCUCGCAAGAACGCUGGUUCAGCGCUGCUCAAUUUUCGUUUUUAUUUAAUUGAAUAACUCGACCAGAUUUCUGCUUAAAUAUGGCUGCUGCUGUCAAAGAUAUCGAAAAGCCCCAAGGAGGUGAUUCUGCAUCUGUCCACCGUAUCCGUAUUACCUUGACUUCAAGGAAUGUACGUUCAUUGGAAAAUGUCUGCCGUGACUUGAUCCAAGGUGCCAAGAAUCAGAAACUUCGCGUUAAGGGCCCAGUACGCAUGCCGACCAAGAUCCUCCGCAUCACCACCCGUAAAACACCUUGUGGUGAAGGUUCAAAGACUUGGGAUCGUUUCCAGAUGAGACUCCACAAGAGAAUCAUUGACUUGCAUUCACCAUCUGAGAUCGUCAAGAAGAUCACAUCCAUCAACAUUGAACCUGGUGUAGAGGUCGAAGUAACCAUUGCCAACUAAAUUUGUGCAAUUGGACACUACUCUUUUUUGUACAUUGAAACAAUAAAAGUAACGAGAAAAAACUA